AUGGUAAAUGUCAUUGCUGGUUCUUGGAUCGCACCAAAUUGUCGAUCAGCUAUUUUUCAUUUACAUAUUUCAAGAUUGUUGACCAUUCUGGAAACGCCCGUUUCAAACACUUGUCAUGAUGUUAAAAUUUCAGCCACAAAUGGUAAUCUUUCACCAUUGAUAAUUUCCGAUUUGAAUAAUAAUGAAAUUGAAAAUGAUAAUGCAACUGAUUGGUUAAAUCAUGUAAAGUUGGCAUCUAAUUGUUUUGAACAAAAUUUGAUUGCAUUUCCGGCUACUACUUAUUCUUCUUGUUCGACUAGUCACCAUCAUCAUCAGUAUCAAUUGCCUGUAUUUUUCAUUGUAGUCAAAUCAAUUGAACCUGGUGAACAAUUACGUUUCUGGCCAUGGAUUGGUCUAUCCAUGCAAUUAGGUAUUCCAGCAUUUUUAUCACCAAAUAACAUUAUUAAUGAUCAUUGUUAUAUAUGUCAUCAAUGUGGUCGUUCAUAUUCACAACCAAAUCCAUUGAAAAUUCAUUUAAUGUUAACAUGUCCAAGUGACAACAACAACAAUGAUGAUGACAACGAUAACCGUAUGUCCAAUAAUAAUAAUGUAAAUCUAUCACGAAGAUUACACACCUGUUCAUAUUGUGGUAAAGUUUAUACAAGAAAAUAUGGUCUAAAAAUUCAUAUCCGUACACAUACAGGAGUUAAACCAUUAAGCUGUCGAUAUUGUGGUCGAUCAUUUUCCGAUCCAUCUAAUCUAAAUAAACAUAUGCGUCUACAUACACAACAUUCAACAUUACAACAACAACAACAACAACAACAACAAUCGUCACAUUUUAAUUAUUGCUUAAUUUAA